AUCUGUGGUUAAGGAAAUAUGGCCUGCACAGUCCUCGGUCAUCGUUAACGCCCACGCAUGAGAACAAAAUCAUAUUACUGGAAUCUGUUUAAUCAGACUUGAUGAAAACCGCCCCCUCCCAGUUUUACUCAUUGUAUAGUUGAGCUAAAAGAUCUGCACCUGUUUGGAACUUAUCAUCAGUCCUGUUCAGGUUACAGGUUGCCCUGAUCAUGCUGACUUCAGUGUUCAGAGUCGGAUCUUCUUGUCCAAAAUAGCAGCAGGAGACUGAGGAGACUGGACCGCCAGCUUCUGAGUUGGUUCAGCUGAAUUUAAUGUUUUAUUGGCACAAAGGCACCCAGGCCUCAGGCAGCUGGGGAAUGCCCCGUCAGCGAAGCGGCAUGAGAUCCAUUUAGCUGGGGGGGUCAGUGAGGGCACUCACGGUGGGCCUCUGGGCAUUUUGUCAAUGAUUUGAUUUCAUUGAAGUCGUCAGUGUGUGAGAAGAUCAUGGAGCUGCUGGGGCAGAACAAGAUCGACCACCACCAGCGCCAGGUGGCCAUACUCAGCCAGGACAGUUUCUACAAGGUGCUGACUCCAGAGCAGAAAGCCAAGGCGCUAAAGGGCCAGUUUAACUUUGAUCAUCCAGAUGCCUUCGACAACGAGCUGAUCCGACAAACCCUCCGACAGAUCCUGCAGGGGGAAACUGUUCACAUCCCGGUUUAUGACUUCGUCACUCACUCCAGGAAGGAGGAGUUUGUGACGGUGUACCCGGCCGACGUGGUCCUGGUCGAGGGCAUCCUCAUGUUCUACUCUCAGGAAAUCAGAGAUCUGUUCCAGCUGAAGCUGUUUGUAGACACAGAUCCAGACACGCGGCUCUCACGUCGAGUUCUAAGGGACAUCAAUGAGCGAGGCAGAGAUCUGGACCAGGUUCUGAGUCAGUACAUCACAUUUGUAAAACCAGCUUUUGAAGAGUUUUGUUUACCGACAAAGAAGUACGCAGAUGUGAUCAUUCCACGCGGAGCAGAUAAUCUUGUGGCCAUCAACCUGAUCGUGCAGCACAUCCAGGACAUUCUGAACGGCGGACCAAACAAGCGUCACAAUGGCUGCAUGAACGGCCUCGGCACCCCUCGGCAGCGGCGGACGUCCGAGUCGAGCAGCCGCCCCCACUGACCUCCCCCGCCCCGACCCCCCCACUCCGCACACACCUCUCCCCACGGAGCAGAGGGGUGUCGCGCUGUAAAUAAGCCCACCUGGCAUCGCUGUAUUUAACAGGGGAAAGAGACAAAGAGUUGAAAGGCCUUUGUGUUCUGACUAAUCACUUUCAAAGUGUUCGUAAAGGUGGAUUAGGAUUUCUGUUUGGAGGACGAAGGUCUUAUUUAAGGCUCAGGCUUAGUUUUCCUCCCUAAUAUAUAUAUUUUUUGUGUUUCCUGCUGCUCCAGGCGCCUCUUGCCAAGAAUCAACAAAGAAAAGGUGAAACUAAUUUUAUUGUUUGAUAAAACUUGAACUCCUGAUGUGUGGAGCGUGUCACAGGAGGGUUAGAACCAUCAGGGAUGUUUUGACAAUCUGAGGAGUGUUGUUGAGGAUUUAGGUGUUUUUUUUGAGUGUACAACAUUCAGUGUUUGUGAUUAAAGGAACUUGUCAGUGCUGUUCACGUGAAGACGGCGAGUAUCACGUCACAUAAGGCCGACACUGGAAGGUUUUACUCUGCUGCUUCCCAGAAAUUAUUUAUUUGUGGAUUUCUUGUCGAAUUAAUUUAAAUAAAUUUAUUUAUCCCCGUCUCAGAAUGAAUGAAAAAAUUGGAUUAAUUGUAUUUUCUUGAAGAAAAAGAAAACAAAACUCCUCUUACCUCCAAAUUUAGCUGAUUUCUGGGAUCACAAAAAACAAACUCAGGUGAAAACCAGGCGAUGUGGCGUGUUUGAUGGGAGGGAUGGUCAUUCCAGGUGUGUGGCAGAAACCCAGAAUGCCUCAGAAUUCACCUCAGGUUCACAUGCACAGUAUUUACACUCAGAACCAGUCUCUGGUUCCACAAAGCCGGACCGAUCUACACAUCUGUGUUGUGUUUGGUGCAAAUGAAUGAAUGAGUUGGACUGUAUGAAAGUAGCAUCGGGAGCUGAAUUGUGAUGAUUUGAAGAUGUCAGUUUUUUUAAUGGAAAAUAAACUGAUGCUGAUCAUCUA